CUUCGCGUGCUGAAUGGUUUCUCACGGAGCCAUUUACGUGAUCAGACAUUGAAACAUAACGUUAUUUUGCUUUUCUUCAGUUUAUGUAUAUCGUAUAAAUGAUGGCGAUGAUGGCUGACGAGGGUUCUGACGCUGGAAGCAUGCCUGGCCAGUCCAGGCUGGAAAGUUAUCUAUUCUCUUGUGAAUUGUCAUCGGAGGUUCCAUUUUACACUUUUCAAGCAGAUGAAGACGAGGACCUCGAACACUUCCUUGAACUACGAACGGCUUGCGUCGGAGAAGGUGCCAAAGACGAGUUUAACGUCGUUGAAGUGACUGCAUUUAAUUACCAAGGAAAGAAAACUGCUGUGCCCAUAGCAAAUCUUCACAUCUCCCGCUUGCCAAUGUUGAGCCUUGGGGGAUUUGAACUGAUGGCUCCAGUCACCCUUCGCCUGAAGUCCGGAACUGGGCCUGUGACUAUCAGUGGCAUGCAUCUUGUUGCCUCUGAGGAUGGUGAGGAGUCGGACAUAACUGACGACGAAGAUGACCUUGAGGAUGAACUGGAACCCAUUAAACCUGCCAAGAAGAAACAGAAGUUAUGAUAACCUUCAGACAGACGCUUCAAAUUCAACAAAUCUUGGACUGUGAAGUUUUUUUCCCCUUCAGCGACAUUCAAAGGAUUAUGUUUUCCCCAUUAUACACAUUAUAUGCCACCAGCAGCAACAUUUGGGGAAUGAUUUUACAACGGUGAUAAAACAUGGAUAGUUGUGAACAGUUUUUUUGUUUUUGUACAACUAUGGCCAUGCAGAAGGGGUACUUUCCCAAUAAGGGAAACAGAUGUUGUGGGAGAGGACUUUUUAUUUUAGUAGAGUAAUUUACUUGCAUGCGGUGUCGGAUGUUUUAUGAUCUUAUAAACGAAUUGUAGGAUGUGUUUAUACGCCUUUUCAGGGCUCUAAAUUAUUAUUAUUUUUUUUUAAUCACCUGCCAAAAUGGCUUGUAGAUGUUGUCAUAAUCUUACUAGCCAAACAUGGACUCACCAUGGUCAAAGUGGCUAGUAAGUUGGUAUUUUCCUACCAGCCAAACUGAAAUCUCACCAACUUUGGCCAAUUGGCUGGUGUUAAUUUAGAGCCCUGUUUUGUUUUUGUUUUUUUUAUUACCCUGCAUUUAUCUGUGAAUUACCUGGGGGCUGUGUAGAUUUUCUGCAGUGCUCUUUUCUGACUCCUCUUCAAACGUUUCAGCCCUGAAGGGAUGUAAUUGCAAAGCAAGUUAGGUGCACAUUUAGCCGUGGUCAUGAUGAUGGUGCUCUAAAACAAUCACGAAAAAAUUAGCAAAUUGAUGCAGCACACGUGACUAAUUUCUAAAUAGAACACAUGAUAUUUUUCAGUGCACAUUUGUCAAUUUGCCAUUUCACCAUUAUUUUUUUGCAUCAUGACUAAUGCAGUUUGUGUCCUUAGUACUGGCAGCUAGUUUUUAAAAGCUGGUGGUCUAUUGCAUGUUGGGUAUGGGCUACUGCGACACAGUUUAGGUUUGCCAUUUUGUACAUUUUAAAAACUGUAAAUAAAUGUGCCUUUUUUAUUGACCGUACGUAAAUUGA